AUGGAGAGGAGAAAGGUUGUCAUGUGUUGUGUGUUAUCUGUUCUUGGUUUAUUAUCAGCUGCUACUGCCUUCGCUGCUGAAGCUACCAAAGUCAAGAGAUCUCAAGUCAAGUUUACAACUUCGGAUUCACUCAAACAAUGCUCUUAUUCAAGAAGUCCAGCUUUUGAUCUCGGCUUCACAUCAGCUCUGUUUCUAAUGAUGGCUCAGAUAAUCGUAAGUGUUGCAAGCGGUUGUCUCUGUUGUAGAAAAGGUCCUCCUCCUUCUAGAUCUAAUUGGAUUAUCGCCGUAAUCUGCUUCGUUGUUUCCUGGUUCACUUUUGUAAUCGCUUUCCUCGUGCUGCUAACUGGAGCUGCACUCAACGAUGAACACAGCGAGCAGACAAUGUAUGCCGGUAACUACUUCUGCUACGUUGUGAAACCGGGGGUUUUCUCUAUUGGUUCUGUGCUUUCGCUUGUUACUAUUGCCCUCGGAAUUGUCUACUAUUUAUGUUUGACUUCAAGUAAGCACAAUGUUGCUGCCACCACCACGACGGCGGCGAACCAAGGAGGAAUAGCAAUGGGACAGCCUCAGAUUCCAGAGAGAGUAGAAGAUCCUGUCUUUGUUCAUGAAGAUACUUACAUGAGAAGACAGUUCACUUAA